UAUCCGGCUGACAGCUCCGUUUAAAUACCGAGGCUGGAGGCGGAGGGCGUGGCGAGACGUGACGUUCCGUGUUUAUGUCGAGCCGAGAAGCAAACAGUCAGCACGGUAACCUGUCAGACCUUCAAACCGUGGACCGUAAACGCGUGCCGUAGUGUCACCCCUGCUCGGGUGCCAUGGUCCUCUGUUACACAUGAGCUCUACUAUGUGGUACAUCAUGCAAAGCAUUCAGAGUAAAUACUCCUUGUCUGAGCGGCUCAUCCGCACCAUCGCAGCCAUCCGCUCGUUCCCUCACGACAACGUAGAGGAUCUCAUUCGUAAGGGAGCUGAUGUGAACCGAAUGCAUGGCACACUCAAACCCCUGCACUGUGCCUGCAUGGUCGCUGAUGCCGACUGUGUGGAGCUGCUGUUGGAGAAAGGGGCAGAGGUGAACGCUUUGGACGGCUAUAACCGCACAGCCCUGCACUACGCAGCAGAGAAGGACGAGAGCUGUGUGGAGCUGCUGCUGGAGUACGGGGCUCAGCCGAACGCCCUGGAUGGCAACAAGGACACUCCACUUCACUGGGCCGCCUUUAAAGAUAACCCAGAGUGUGUGAGGGCCCUGCUGGAGAGUGGAGCCUGUCCCAAUGCCCGGGACUACAACAAUGACACGCCUUUGAGCUGGGCAGCAAUGAAGGGCAACCUGGAGAGCGUCAAAGUGCUUUUAGACUACGGAGCCCAGGUCCAUGUGACCAACCUGAAGGGCCAGACCCCUAUCUCCCGACUGGUGGCCCUGUUGGCCCGGGGCCUGGGCACUGAACAGGAGGAGGAGUGCUUGGAUCUACUGUGUCGGGCAGCGGGGCGGUUUGAGAUCCGACGUCCUGACGGCACCCUCCCCAGGGAGCUGAGUAAAGAUCCCCAGCUGCUGGCCAGGCUGACCAACAUGGUGGCUCAGGCUCCUUCACUUCGCUCUCUGGCCCGCUGCGCUGUACGGCAGAGUCUCGGAGUGCAGUUCCUCCCCACUGCUGUAAAAGAGCUUCCUCUACCAGAGACUAUCAAAGACUAUCUUCUGUUGAGAGACUGAUGAUGAAACCACUUAAGCGUUCGUAGACCUCACUGGCUGAUUAUUAGACAGCUCAUCACAUUGCAUUUAUUGGCAGGGAAGUGUCUGUAUUGAAUUACAGGAUAUUGUCUGACAGAGGCCCUCAUUUCUGAAACCUUUUUGCAGAUUGAUAUAGAUGUUGGGGAGGUCAACAAAACUCUUUGUCUUUAUUACUACCUAAUAGUUGCAAAACAAGUGAAUGAGCAUAAUCCAAGUGCAGAUUGAUGAUUUUGAUCCAUUUCAUCUGUUGGCCAAACCUUCACCAGUACAUUAAUCUCAUAUUGUUACAUAACCACGAGCGGCUCCUUUUUCUUUUUAGAAAACAAUUAUAGCAUUAGGUGUGUCAGGCUUCAUCAGAGGAAUUGACAAAGAUGCAGCUGUUUUAAAUACACUCAUGAAGAGCCAGCACCUCUUUAAAAUCAAGUUUAUUAUUUAUAUUUUAUUUGCUAAAACCCACUAAGCUAAAAUAGGAAAAUCCUAAAUGUUGCUCACUUUAGCAUUAAUGUUAAACAUAAGGUUUCUAAACGAGCGUUGAUGUCUAGUGAUGCAGGCUGUCCUGUAAUUCUGUCACUGGCUUCAGUUCCUGAAGUAGCGCUGAGGAAAAAUGUAUGAAAGUAACAUGUUUGAUAGUAGGAGUGGCCAUGUUUUUCUCAGUGAUGUCCCAGUGAACUCACAAUGCAGUCGCUUUAUUUUAAGGGGAAAACAAUAAAUACAAAAAACAUGCUUUUGAGCAGAACAGAAAAGAUUGUGCCAGAUGGGAACAGUUUUAUUUAUGUGAAGCGACAAAAGGUUGCUCAAUAUUAUCAUAGGUUUCACAUAUUUGUUUCACUAAAUGUGCCAGGCACGCUAACUUUGCCUCAUCUUCUGGUGUCAAUAUGUCUCCUGUCAUAUGCGACGAAGAAUUUGGCUUUAUUUUAUUGAAGAGUGAAGUUCCACUUGCCAAGGAGGAAUAAAUGUUGUUUAGUUUUUUUUAAACAAUGGAUGUUUCCAGUCUUAACUUGCAAAACUUUGGGGCUUUCAGGGGUGCUAACAUGUCCAAAAUUUUGCAGGAUAUCUUUGGAAAUGACUUUAAAUGUUUAAAUGUGGAAAUCAUAACAUGGCAUGAUAACUAAGUUUUGUCCUUUAAAGAAUCACUAAAUGAGCUUGCAAAAUAGAAGUUUAUUAGAGUGUUUGUUCAAAAUCUGACCAUUUCUGUGCUUGGUUUUGUUUGCCUGUUCUGCAGAUGUGUAAAAAAAAAAUAACCCCUUAGAUCAUGUCUUGUGUACACCAGCAAAGGUGCUUUUUUUUCUUUGUCAGCAUACAGGAAGUAAAUGCCUUUAUAUUCCA